CUAAAUAUUGCAUGUUGCAGAAGCUUUAUAUUCUUGUAACUAAAGAAGCAGAAAAAGAACAUUUCUAAAGUUCAUUAUCAAGAGCUUGAAGAUGACAACGAUGACAGAGAUGAGAGUACAUAUGGAUUGUGCCGGAUGUGAGAGCAAGGUCAGAAAAUCUCUCGAGAAAGUUAAAGGUGUUGAUAAUGUAGAAAUAGAUAUGUCUAUGCAAAAGGUGACAGUAACAGGAUGGGCUGAUCAAAAGAAAAUACUCAAAACAGUUAGAAGAACUGGUAAAAGAGCUGAAAUAUGGCAAUUUCCUCAUAAUCCUGAGAUGAGAAAUAACCCUACUUAUGUAACCGAUCAUUAUUAUCAACAACAAGGCUGCAGUGGUCCGGCCACUUAUUACGCCGGAGAACCACCGGCUUCCGCCUAUAACUAUCGCAAACACGGCUACGAUAACUAUGGCCGUGCCUAUAGUCUUUACAGGGGCAAUUCAAACACAUUUGGUAGUCGUGUUGGUGAUGCUUUUAGUGAUGAGAAUCCUCGUGGUUGUAAUAUUAUGUAAUUGUUGUUUGAUGUUGUCGAUUAUUAAAUGUAAGAGCCUGUUUGAAUUGACUUUUUUAAAAAAAAAUGUAUAAUACAUAAAUAUGACUUUAAUUUGACGUCAGUUGAUAA